GGCCGCCGCUCUUGCCCCCUGGCGGCUUCACGGGGAGCCGCGCGCGCGCUCCAGCCAGCGUGGCCGUCCAGACCCGCCGGUGGGCGCCUGGGGGUCCCCCCGCGGCUCUCCGAGUGCCUCUGCCUAUGAGCACUCCUGCGCACCUGUGCGUCUGCGCACCUGUCUACCUGUCCGUGCAGGGUCGCGAGCUAGCCCUGCCUUCUGCCUCUGCUUCCUCCCCAGAUGUGGCCACCUGUCCCAGGAGCCUGGACUGUGCCCUGAAGAGGCGGGCCAGGUGUCCCCCCGGGGCGCACGCCUGCGGGCCCUGCCUUCAGCCCUUCCAGGAGGACCUGCAAGGGCUCUGCGUACCCAGGAUGCGGCGGCCUCCAGGGGAGAGCCGGCCCCAGCCCAGACUGGAAGAGGAGAUCGACUUCCUGGCCCAGGAACUAGCCCGGAAGGAGGCUGGGAAGGAGGCCAGUCACUGGAGCUUUACAGUCCUGCCUCUGCCCAAGGCCCUACAGAGGCUCCCAGAGCCGGCCUCCUUGGGGUUCUCAGAGCGGGGUCGGGGACCCGAGCCGGGCCCCUCUUCCACUCGGGGAGCCCCCGCGCCCACGCCCCGAGGGUGCGGGAGGACCCAGCGAUCGCCCCCACCCAGGCAUAAAGAGCCGCCCAAGGAGGUGGACUCGGCCUCCUCGGACGAGGAGAACGAAGAUGGCGACUUCACGGUGUACGAGUGCCCGGGCCUGGCCCCGCAGCCAGAGGCCUUGCGAGUGGCCGCCAGGGGGCGCGCGCGUCGCGCGUCUGGACUCUGCCCUGCUCUGGCCAACCCUCCGAGCGGGCUGGGAUCAGGAGCGCUGGCAGCCGUGGGAGGCUGGAGAGCGAAGCAGGACUGGGCUGGGGCUGGGGCGUCAGCCCCCUGGGAGGGCACGGAGGCCGCAGAGCCGGCCGGUGGCCCCUGGUUGCUGCUGCUCCUGGGACGUCUGGCCACGGCCCGAGGAGCCUGCGGCGGCUGA